AUUCUUGGACUAACUGAAACAUCUCCCUUUCUAUUAUACUGUUGGUAUUCAAUAUUUCCUUGCUUCCCUAAUAUCAAAGAUUGGGGCUCAUCCCUUCCAUCACUUUGUAGUUAUCAGCAUCUAGCAGACUUUGGCUAUGUACUAAACUCAUUUUUUUUGUGUAGUUUCCUCUAUAAUUGCAAGGAACAAACAUGGUGGAUCUACUAGAGGUAUUAUGUUCAGUGGUCAUAGUAGAGACUAUCCAACAAAUAGUAUCUUUUAUUCAGAAUCACAGGAGCAGAAGCAUGUCAAGGAGGAGACUCAUCGUCUGCGGCAGCUUCUCGUCGAAAUUCACACCGCUCUGGAGGCAGCCAAGGGGUGUGCCAUCACCAAUUCAUGGCUACUACGCUGGCUACGCGAGCUUGAGGACGCCGCAUGUCGAGGCGAUCAGACACUGCGCAACUGGAGAGAUAUGUCCAGCAAGGUGAGCUCCAUCAUCGAUUCUAGUAACUCCUUCAAACGCAUCAAGAUCGCAGCAUCGCAGCUGAUUCCAUCCAAGGAAUCCACCAUGAAAGUUUCUGCCACUGUCAAGAAGCUAGAAGCAGUAGCUUCUGGGAUCCCCAAGUUCACUCAGCUUCUCAGCUUGCAGAAUGACCAAGCAGUGUUACAUCAUCGACCGGUUAUCAUCUUUGUUUCGAUCCAUGACAGGGUAGUUGGCAGAGUCGAUGAGAGGAAACAGGCCAUCGAAUUCUUGCUUCACAUAGACAAGAAUGGAUCAUCCUCUCCAGAUGGUUGUGUGCUUCCCAUUUGGGGUGUCAAAGGAGUAGGUAAAACCACGAUUGCGCGGCUCGUAUGCGACGAUCGCAAGGUGAGGAGCCAUUUCUCAAUGAUUAUAUGGGUGAAUUGCAGAGAAUAUACUAGUCCAGCCAUGGCCUUGGUAAAGUCAUUGUGCAAGAAGCUUGGUUUGAGUUCUAACGUAACCAUUAAUCUUUCAAGUGUGAUCAGAAAGGCUAAGAAUGGAGAGAUUUCUACUUGUUCUUGAUGGUGCUUCUAGCUACCCCAGGGGAAUGAAUGACAUACUCGAUACACUGUUCAUGAAAAGUAGAGCAGGAAGCAAGGCCAUCAUUACCACUAUGUACCAACAUCUGGCAACUAAGAUCAAUAAGCAUGAAAACUUACCUGUAGGGUUCCUGGCAAUGGAAGAUCUCGGCUGCAUGUUCAUGGAAAAUGCCCUGGGUGGUGCACACCCUGAAGAAUACCAGAAAUUACUUGUUAUUGGAAAGAAGAUCGCUGUGACAUUGAGGGUGUGCAGCCCUUUAGCUGCAAAAGUUGUGAGUGGACUGCUUCGAGAAAACCUCAAUGAGAAGUACUGGUACAUUGUUCUGAAUCGCUGUCAGCAGUUCGUCGCAUCCAGUUCCAGGUUUGUUACUCCAUUUAUUCUGGGUUGUAAGCUUCUUCCCAAACACCUGCAACGCUGCUUUGGGGUGUUGGGUACAUACCCUCGCUGGACCUUCACAAGGGAGGAAUUGAUAAGCUAUUGGAUGAACAACUGUGUCGUCGUCAGUGAAAAUUGUAUGAAAAAUAGCAUAGAGAAUGUUGCGACUGAUUACUUUGAUGAUUUGGUGAGGAAGGCAUUCAUACAACCAUCCCACAUCCCAGGGCUGUACAAAGUGGAUGACAUGCUAAGAGACAUAGCUCUGUACAUAGGUCCAAUGCCUGUUCCAAAAACAAGAAUACAUUUAGCGAAUUUGAUUGGGGAAGGAUUUUCCAUCCACGAAGACUUUUGGUUGAUGAGACUAGCAGAGUAGGGUUAUAGAUCAGAGCCUAGUUGAAAUAAAGUUAUAAGGUUUGAUAUUUGUUUCAUUUCCCAUUUGUCCUUUGUCCAGCUUGCUGUGUCAAACAAUGGAGCAAUGUCUGAUUAGUACUA